GGAAGACUCAAAACUCAUUUCAGUAACUCGACGACAAGUGUCUUGAUACAGAGAAAGCAACUGUCUAUAAAUAUAACUAUUGAUCGGGAUAAAUUCCCUGCCAAAACAAAAUGGCAGAAGAAUUGAAGCUGUUCAGGACAUGGUCAAGUCCGUAUUCUUUGAGGGUGGUCCAUGCACUGAAGAUCAAAGGAUUAAAAUAUGAAACAAUCUUAGAGGAUCUCAAAAACAAGAGUGCCUCUCUUCUGGAGUACAAUCCUACAUACAAGAAGGUACCUGUUCUUGUGCACAACGGAAAACCAAUCUGUGAGUCCCUUCUGAUUCUUGAAUACAUUGAUGAGACAUGGAAGCAGCAUCCACUCUUCCCCCAAGAUCCAUAUCAGAAAGCCAUGGCACGAUUUUGGGCAAAAUUUGGAGACGACAAGGUUCUGCCAUCAAUAUGGAGUGUCUUCAUCUCUCAAGGAAAAGAGCAAGAGGAAGCUAUUGCUCCAGCAGCCGGAAACCUGAAAUUCUUAGAAGAUCUGCUAAAAGGGAAGAAAUUCUUUGGAGGGGAGACGAUUGGUUAUUUGGAUCUUGCAUUUGGUUGGAUGGCUAAUUUAAUCAGCAUCCUGGAAGAGAUAAUUGACCUGAAAUUAAUAGAUCCAGAGAAUUUUCCAUUGUUAUCAGCAUGGAUGAAUAGCUUCUCAGAUGAUCCAGUAAUCAAAGAAUUCUGGCCACCUCGAGACAAAAUGGUUGAGAAAUUUAAGGCCAUGCGUGAACCAUAUCUCCAGAGAACUGCAUGAAACAGAAGUCAUGCGGUUCAGUUCGUCCAGUUAAUAAUGGUUUCAAUUCAAAAUGAGCUCAACUGCAAUUUUAAACCUCAAAGGACAAUCUUGAUAAGUAGCACUUAUAGAUGAAGUAGCUCAUGAGAUGAUCAAGCUAUUUCAUUUCAUCUCAGAUUUGGUUGUUUGAACAUCUAUUCACUAGUUCUGGUGUUAAUGUCAGUGGUAAAGUUGGAAAAAUAAGUUUCACGGUGAAACUUGUUUAUCUAAGUGAAUUUGUGAGAGUUA